AUGGUAGGCACGAAAAAGAGAUGGAAAAAUGAUUUUGAGGAUAGGGGAGGCCUAUACAUCUUUAUACAAGAACAAAGGGUGCACGGUACAAGCACGGAUGGACGCGAUCAUAAACAAAUGGGGCUGAAGUCAGCGAUAUAUGAGCCGAAACAUCUCGGGUGCUGUUUACCAUGGGUCUGGUUGGGUCAUUCGUUGUUUCAACCGGGGAGGGACCGAGAGGCUGAGCGGGUUACCAAAAUACGCUUUUUAGUCGUUGGUUGCCAUUCCCGAAAGACGUCAAGGGAUUUGAAGGAAGGAAAGGAACGUAGCUCUAACAGCAUCGCUGCAGGUAGUUACCAUGGAUCUGGUUCUAAACACGUCAGUUGUCUAUCAGAUCCUAUUCGGCGUCGUCUUCCUUGGGUGCCUGAGUGUGUCGAGGGGAGGACGCAUCACGACAAACUCAAACUUUCUCAUCGCAUGAUGUGGGUAGCUAAAGUCAAUCCGGGAAAUGGGAUGCUUGCUGGCGCGAUCUUUGAGGCUCUUAGGGGGCUGUGUCAGAAGAGGCUGGAGCAAUUGGCCCCAUUUGGUCGGUGCCUCACUCCGGGGGUCAAACUGAAGAACACCACGCUUCUAACUUGGUAUCUGGGUCAACACUCACUAAGAACUAUGUUGUUUUGCUUCUCGCCUUUCCACUCCAUGUUCACUAUCUGCACCACCCUUUUCUCUUUGAACUGCGAUGCUGCAUCGAAAAGCAGAAAUGGCAAUCGAAUCGCCGCGGCCAUACUAGAUUUAGUGGGGUUGAAUUUUGCAAUCUUGAAAAUCGCUGACGGUGCCAAUAUGCCUCAGCAUUUACUGUGUUGGUUACGAAGUAGAUUACGUACCCCGAGUACAUACGAUCCCCAGGCAAAAAGGGAGUUCUCUAAUGCUACUCGUGCAAAAUGGCAUUUGAGCGUAGGUCACAUUUGGACACAGAGGACUGAUUAUGUUUGGUCGUAA